AUGAAGUUCCUCCUCGCCCUAACCACCCUCUCCCUCGCCACCUCCGCCUACGCCGCCCUCGGCUGCGGCCACGCCGUGUCUAAGAAGGCCUGCAAGGAGGACUGCCAUUGUCGCUGCGUGGGUGGCAAUGUGCUCUGCGAGGGCAGCGGGGUUACGUGUCCGGCGGCGACUUUUGCUAUUUGUGAGGGAACUAUGAAUCACUCGGCGCUCCACUCGACCAUCCGCACGGUAAAGCAGGCCUACUGCCGCAGCAUGGACGUGUUCUACACCCCACGCAUUUGUACCGUCAUCAAGCAACGUAUCAAGCGCCUCUUCAUUCGCGGGAAAGAGAAAGCCGACAGCCUCUGGUCGACGAUGAGGCCGGAGUCGGAGCAUGGAUGGCUUCUUUACUUCGACAGCGGAGUUUCAAGGAGCCUCCGGUUCUACCGUAUCUUGCGGCUACACCGCGUAUCGAGGAGGCCUUCUUCAAGUGGGAAGAUGACGCUCGUUGCGCGGACAGCUAUGAUGGCUAGAGAAUGGACGCGGUAUGCGUACGCUUCAAUCAUUGGGACAUCGCGAGCCCCAAGGGACCCCGGAUGA